AUGGGGGCAGACACACAAGCUUCGGGGCCGUCCGGUGAGCCAGCUGAGUCUCAACGGCCUAUGAUAAGAGCAUGCGACAUGUGUCGGAUCAAAAAGAUACGAUGCCAGCCGACGAAACAAGGAUGUGCGCAAUGCACCAAGUCCAAGACAAAAUGCCACUUCACUCCUAUCUCCACGAAACGAAAGCCCCGAAGGCCUGCUGGUUACAAGUACAUUGCUCAGUUGGAGGAGAGACUUCAGAACAUGGAGAACGUCUUGCAGAAGGCUCUUCAACGGGCCAAAUCCGCCGAGGGCGAAGCUCCACCAGCAGAAGAUACCAUGGACCUUGCACCGUGUGAGAACUCAGGCGAACAAUCACAGACAGACAUGGUUGUUGCGAGUCCCCCGCAAAGGAUAACGAACAUCUUUCCUUCGUCCUGGUUUAACACGAUACCAGGAGACUUCACAGAAAUCCUCAACUCCACAGCAUCGCCGUUACGCCCGUCCCCAUCAUUUACCGUGGGGAUGGCGCUGGGCCCAUUCUCUCUUCCCACAUUUCAGGAGCUCCCUACAAAGCCAGUCGCACUCGAUCUGGUAAUGGAUACAUUCAAGAGCUUCAACCGCUUCUUCCCGCUCUUUGAUGAGCAAGACUUCCUUCAGAAGUUUGACCGAAACUACUUGACCUCGAGUCCAAGUUCUCCGGGUUGGUGGGCAUGCAUCAACAUUGUUCUAUCGCUGGCGCAUCGUUUCCGAUCGAUGCGCAUGUUUGAAACAGGCUAUCAGAGUGCCACGGCGUGCGGGUAUUGUCAUAAUGCACUCGCCGUCGUCGCAGAACUCAAUGUUCUGCACAAUAGCUUACCGGCAGUUCAAGCUCUGGUUGGCAUGGCUGUCGUACUUCAAGGAUCAGCAAACUCACAUCCCGCCUCUGUCCUCACAGCCGCCGCGGUGAGAUUGGCACAGGCCAUGGGGCUACACCGAAAAACUCGUGACAACGGCCUUACCGAAGCGCAGAAUGAGCAGCGGAGACGUGUGUUUUGGAUUGCGUACCUUCUUGACAAAGACAUCAGUCUAAGGAUGGGGCAGCCUUUUUCGCAAGACGAUGAUGACAUGGAUGUCGAAUUGCCGUCAGGUAUUCUCUCCAAGUUACCUUUUAACCGCGACGGACCUUGCACUAUCGAUCUCUUCAAAUCCCGCAUCGGACUGGCGGUGAUUCAAGGACAGGUCUACAAGCGGCUCUACUCAGUACAGGUAUCGCAGCAGUCUGAAGCUCAGAAAUCGUCUGUGGCGAAAGAACUCGACUCGAUACUCUCAUAUUGGCGAAGCGGUGUCGAGAUUGACCUUGAAAGCGACCGAGUUGUAGUGCCUCUGUCUCCAGAGGCGCUCCACGUACUCAUCCUACGCUUCACCUACAUCAAUUGUCUCAUAAUGGUUAAUCGACACUUGCCACCAAGGCAACAAUUGGCGGUGAAUGAGGGAUCCGAUACGCAAGGCACUUACGCACCUCCUGAAAGUGACUGCAUCAUCGAGUCGAGAAAAGCAGUUCGUCUAAUGCAUCUGAUACCUCAUGGAGACUAUGCCUGUGUCUGGAUCCUACUCCACCCGUUCUUCGCCGCCGUCACUACCCUUUUGCAGAAUGCGCUAGACCACCCUGCAUGUCCAAACGCACAGUCUGACCUGGAGACUGUCCAGCCAUUUUUCAGGCUGCUAGACGUUUUGGCAGCGGAGGAAAGAACUUGCUAUCGCUCAAACGAGGCGAGAAAGAUGCAUCGCGAAUGCAAUGACUUAUUACGAAGGGCAUCGGAGGCUGUCGGCUGUAUGAGCAUGGUGUUUGACUCCACGGAGCUGAUAGAGGUGGUCUAG